UGUAAAUACCGCGUUAUCGCUGGGGAGUAGUAUAGCUAGCGAUAAGUAUAUAUAAACAUUUAGACAAUGUUAAAAAACCCGGAAUAUUUAAAUCGAAAGUAAAACCAUUUUUAUAAAGUAUGAAAUGGCUUCUACGUCACCAGAAUCAGACUUCAGAAUAUUGCUGAUUGGGCGUACUGGACAUGGUAAAAGUUCCACUGGUAACACGAUAAUAGGGAAGAAAGUGUUUGAAGUAUCUGAAUCAUCAAAAUCGAAGACAAAGACAUGCAUGUGGUCAAAAAAGUACAAACGAUUUGGAAAAGUAGUAGAAGUUGUGGACACUCCAGGAAUUUUUGACACAGAUUCUGAUCACAGUGCAGUACAAAAGGAACUGCUGAAAGCUCUAGCUCUGUCCACUCCUGGAUUUCAUGUCAUUGCUUUUGUUCUGAUGAGAGGUCGAUUUACGGAGGAAAUACAGAAAACACAAGAUCUAUUUUUUCAGUGGUUUGGUCCAGGUGUAGAAAAGUAUGCAUGCGUUAUACUUACCGAUACGAGUAGCGAAGAUACAAAACGUAAGUAUAUAUAUGACGAUCCACAUGAGAAGCUUGCAGAAUUGGUGAGAACUUGCAAUGACAAUGUUGUACCUUUGAACAAUGUCACUUCUGAUGAUGGACUAAAAGACAGACAGAUAAGACGACUUUUCGAGGUGAUUGAAAAUAUUAAACAAACGAAUGGUAAUCAACAUUUUUCUAAUGUUGCAUUCCAGCUAGCAGAGGCAUAUAUAAUGAGCAAAUGCCCAAGAGAGCUAACCCAGGAAUCAAUAAUGAUUUUACAAAACGCUGGAUUAAGUAUGAAAAUAUCAGACGACCAGUGCAAAUACUUAGAUCAAGUUUUCACAUUGUCAGUAGAAACUGGAGAGGAAAGUACAAAUGAAGGAGACCAGUACAAUGUAGGUUUAGCCGUUGAUAUGCAAGACAAAAUACCCGCAAGUGUAGUUGUUGUCAAUGAACAGAAAGAUAUAUGUGGAAGUGGAAGCGUUGGAAAUCUUCCAAUAUUUGACAGCAGCUCGAACGAAAGGAUCUGUAACACACAGAGAAGUCAGCAGCAUUUGAGACAAAAAGUAGAAAUAUCAAACUCAAACAUUCCUCCAUCAUCCGAAACACAAACUUCGGAAGAACGUUUAGACUCUUUUUCCCAGACUUUUGAGGUGCCUGGGAGACUUGAUGAUCAGUCGAACAGCAAUAUAUCUCAGGAUUUUGUACAUGCCAAACAAUAUCAAGACCAAAGUGGAGAUUAUUCUGAUAAAAUGCAAGCCUCUGCAUCUGACCAAUCGGAAGAACAGAUUCAUCGCGGUAAACACAAGGCAAGUUCUAGACGAAACCGUAAAAUAGACAUCGAAAGUGUACACUAUGAGACACCUGGGCAGCCUAUAGAUGACUUCAAAAAUAAGGUUAACAAAGGGGAAAAUGGAGAUGAAGAAUUGCAUGGAUUAUCGGGAUUUUUCAAAAAAGCAUGGAAAUUCUGUAAGCGCAAACUUAGCAGCUGCACUUUACUAUAAAUUUACAAGGACACUGUACGGUAAUACUUUUUCAUGCUCAUCCCUCGUUAAAAUAAAUUUGAAACAUAACGGUAACGUUUUAUCAAACAAACAAAAAAUGUGAAGUGGUAUAUAAUGAGUUUACGACACCAGAGGCAUAAAUUAGGCCUCUGUCUGUGUAUGAUAUUAGUUCGAGUUUUGUAGUCAAGUCUUGUCAAGUCAAGUAAUAUUUCUUUAUAAAAGUCGGGAUAAAUAAUAACAUGUAUCAUGCAUAAUAACUAUAAUGAGGAAAUAAUAAUAAAUCUGUAAAAAAGGCA